UGUGUGUUUGCUUUGUAAACGGAGAUAGGAUUUCAAUAAGACGCUAGAAGACAGAAGAAGCAGUAAAUUACCUUUGUAGUGAGUUUACCUGUCAAUUUGAUUGUAGGCAAAGUAAAUCAUCGUGGAAUUUCACUGAGGUUGGUCUAAAAUCGUAAGAAGAAAACUGCUUAGACUUUAUUGACGAAAAGAAGGCACAAAAAGACACUGUGUUGAGUACAAUACGUACACAGUGUAGAUUACUGAGUAAAAACCAACAUGGAUGGAGCCAUGGUCAACGCUACAGCGGCGCCUCCUGUUGUACUAGAGCCAUUGGGAAUGAGAGUUAUAAGACUUGCUAUCUAUAUCAUCAUCUUUCUCAUUGCAACCAUUGGCAACUCGCUGGUUAUAUUUGUGGUAUACAAGACAAGGGAACUCCACACUGUUACGGGAUACCUGAUCGCCAACUUGGCUAUAGCAGAUCUUGGUGUUGGCCUAUUGUGCAUUCCAUUCACUGUUGUUGUGUUUGAGCUCAACUUUGUUUGGCCCUUUGGUUACUUUAUGUGUAAGCUUAUUUCUCCAAUUCAAGUUUUCUUCUUAAUGGGAUCUGUUGGCACGUUGAUGGCGAUAUCAAUAGAUCGUCACCAGUCAAUCGUUUACCCAUUUAAUCCAAGAAUUACGAUAACACAAGGGAAGCUCAUUAUUGCCCUUAUAUGGUUGAUUGCACUUUUCCCAGCAUUCCCUAUGCUAGGAGUCAUGAAACAAAGCUAUACAUGGCAUAAGGAUGGCCAACCAGCGUGCAUGGAAGAUUGGCCUGAUCAGAAGCUCAACGUCGCGUAUACAGUUGCUUCAUUUCUUUUAACCUACGCGAUUCCUCUGCCAAUGAUAAUCAUCCUUUACAUAAGAAUUGGUUUGAAGCUAAGGGARGCAAUAAAGGAUGCCGCUGACCGACCUGGUUUUCAUGCAGCUCAACAAACCACACGGAUAAUCAAGAUGUUGGUAGCAGUUGUUGUUUGCUACGCUUUGUGUUAUCUGCCAUUCCACACUUUGUAUUUCACUGUUUCAUCAGGACACAGGACAAGGUAUACUGACAUUCUGAACUCCUACUGCCAAGUGAUAAUGUACUUUAAUAGUGCAUCCAAUCCUAUUCUGUACGCCUUCCUGGGCGACCUGUUUAGAGAUGGAUUCAGGAGAGCGUGUGGAAUGCGAUCCAAGAAAGAACCUUUGUCAAAUUGCACUCUCAAAACUGCCGCACCUUAAAUGUAAAGAGCUUUGGAAUUGGAAUUUAUUUUGACUUGAGGUGUGGUUCGUUAUUGCAUUGUGCUCUAGAUAUAUACAAAGCUCAAUAAACAUAAGAUAUAACAAACUGCAAAACCGUUCUCGAGUUGAAAAGCAUAUGAUAUAGAAGCUGAAACCAAAAUGCAUUCCGGGAAAUUAUAUGAUAAUAUUCUGAUUUAUUUAUAUUUAAAAUACGCAGUUUGUAUAAAGCAUGACUAAUAAUGUGUAACCAGAAAAUCUACAAAGCUUUUCGCUGUCGUAUCACAGCGUGGGACAAUAACAACAGCCCAAAGAUCGAAUUAGAAUUUAGAAGUUGAUUUUUGAGGAGGGAGGCAAACCGUAGAAACCGGAGAAACACCCUCGAAGCGCAGGAGAGAACCAACAAACAACUCUACUCACAUACGACGUCGAGAUCGGCAGGACUCGAACUCGGGCCGCAUUGGUGAGAGGUGGCGCAUUAGCAACGCACGCCACCAGUGUUUCCCAUAAUUCUGGCUUAUAGAGAGAUUAUUUACAGAACUCCUUAAGUCAAUGACUAUAGAUUAAUAAUUUUAGGUUCAUGAAUCAUUUGGGAAGCAGCUUCUAUGUUUUAUAUUUUGAACCCGAAUUAAUAUCGAUUUUGCAACUAGGCAUGUAUAUAAUCUUUAGGACGUUACUUUGUGUCGUUAAGUGCACUUUUGUGGUUUUAUUAGUUGUCAGUGGCCAUGAUGCGAUCCAGCAUUAAAAACUUUAUGUUACUGAUGUUGUGAAGGAAUAUUGUCAACAAUAUUUACCAUUCUUAUAGCCACAACUUAAACCAAUACUAUCCAGUGUUUUAAUCAAAACCUAGCCACACGUAGUGGCCUUAUCUAGCAACAAAAUGUAAAUAAGAAAUCAGAUUUAGAUAUAUAUAGACAAACUUAGACAGUUCUUACACACACUGAAUCGACUUAACUUAGGAGUUAGAAGGCCGAGUGUAAGGCUGUAGCUGUAGUUGAACUGGAAAGCACGGACCUAAGUUAGGACGAAUGGCCUAGUAAGGAAAUCCUUCUAAAACCACACCUACUAAGGGAACGUCUUUCUAGUCAGCUUCACUGCACCUUACGCUCGUAGCAAACCUCUCGUAUUUGUAAAGUUAACUAGUCUCCUAAAGGACAAGCCGAAUAAAGAGUGGUAUUCCAGGCGAUCCCGGAGCUAUUUCA